AUGAUUAGCCAUGAAAUAGCAUUAUGGGUUCUGCCGAUUCUUAGUGCAAGCCCGCAGGUUUCAGGGUACGUAAUCCGUCGAGAUUCGCAGACGUUGCAAGGUACUACAGACUCCGGUUAUAAUGUACAGAAGGGUGAAAGUGGGUUCGAUAAGUAUCCCGAUGGAUAUGGAGAGGAUGAGUUGGAUAUGGACAUCAUGAUAUUUUCAUUGAUUAGCAUGGCUCUGUUAUACGUCUUCAUCUGCCUGAUUUAUGUGAUCAUUAAGUUUGUUGUGAGGAAAUUAAUGACAGAUAACACUAGAAUCUCACUCCUAGAUGAUGAUGAGAACAGCAGACCUCGUAGAAUUACAGAACAAUUGAAUGCCAGGUGGCCCAGUGCUUUAGACGAUGAAAACAGUGUCAGAGAUAAACUUGCCAAAUUAUCACCGGAGGAACAGUUCUACUAUAAACAAGGUGAAGAAUAUAUAAAGCAAAAUCCUCCUUUGCUCGUUCCACAUGAAUCACCAGCUAGCGGACACAUUGAAGAUCCAGUGAUGGAUGAAUCUACAAGGCAAUAUAUCAACGAUGAAGGAGCAUUUGCCUGGGAAUUUCAGCCAGAUUCUAACUUGCCUAAUGAUACCGUAAUUGUGGAAAAUAAAACGGAGGUUACGUUUCUCAAUUAUAAUUAUGAAGCAUCAGUCAUGACAAAUUUACCUAUACCUCGCAUCAACAGGGUGUACUACUGUGAGUUCAAGAUCUUUGAAGUUAACACAAACGCCGAAAGCUCGCAUGGUCCUCAUCAAUUGGAAGAUAAUGAAGUGAUCUCUUUGGGGCUUUCUACCUGUCCUUAUCCUUAUUUCAGACUACCCGGGAAACAUCAUCAUUCGAUCGCAUAUGACUCUAAUGGAUCUCGUAGAUUUAACGACUCGUUUGAGUUGGACCCUGUCCUUCGGACUUUAUUUCCACGUUUACAGAAAGGUGAUGUUGUUGGUAUUGGCUAUCGAUCGAAUAGCGGUACUGUAUUUUUCACAAGAAAUGGUAAAAAGCUAAAGGAGGAUACCGCUGGUGGCCAUAUCAAAGGAUGGAAAUUCAAGUAUUUAUACCCAAUUGUUGGUGCUAAUAUUCCUUGUAAAAUUCACGUUAAUUUCGGUACUUACGGAUUUGUUUACAUUGAGGCCAAUGUCAAAAAAUGGGGAUAUGCUAAAUCCAAUGGUAUGAAACUACCUCCGCCAUCUUAUGAGGAGUAUGGUCAAGAUACUUUACUAGAAAGUGGUUGCGAAGAUGAAGGGUCUGAUAACGAGACCUCAUCUUCGAUCAAUGACGGUGACAUUGUGGACAGCCAUGGUGAGCUUUUACCCCCACCACCUGGCUUCGAGUAUAGCACAUCGCCAAACGACCAAAAUCUUGCAAUGCAUGAAGAAAUCGAUCUACACUCUCUACCCGCCGAACCGCCAAGCUAUUCCGACGAUGAGACAUUUUUAAAGAUUAAAUCGGAUGCGCCUAGGGUAGGAAAUAGCUUCCAUCAAGGCACUGAUGAAGACGAUGCUGGCGGAUACACUGAUGAUGAAGAAGAUGAAGAUGAGGAACAUAACUGCAUCGAGGGAGGGAGUAGAAGCAGGCAAAAUAUCAAUGGAAACACUUUGGCAAAUCAAUUUAUUCAGGACUAA